AGAACUGAUCACAGUAAAAUUUGCCUUUGGAAGUAGCCUGACCACUGCGCUCACUGUGUUAUAUGCCGUUAUCUUUCACCUCAGACCAGAGUAACUGUAUCCCGUUGUUUCCUCAUCGCCAUGUCUUCAACUGCACAACAGCUUGAAUCACAAAAUGGAUCACCGGAAUCCGCCCCCGCAGAAUCGCCAACACCACCGCUGAACGCUGACUCGAAACCGGCUGCACCAUCGUCCACGGAGCCCGAUCCAGACGACGCUACUAUUCAACCAACGGGACCUCCACCAGUUGGCGAGGAAGAUCCGAAACCGCCGGAGAUGAAGGACAAUGAAAUUCAUUCCGGUGAAGCUGAACCAGCCAAUAUGGAGCCUUCCGAAUCCUCGAUCCAAUCGGAUGAACCAGCGAAUCAUUCAGAUCUCAAGACUAUUGACUCUGAAGACCGUACUGGCCAACCAAAUGUAGUCGAUAGCAAUUCGAAACUUCUGAAAGGUGAUGGUAACCGAACUUUCACGAUGAGAGAAUUGUUGAAUGAAUUGAAGAAUGGUGGUGAAGAUUCCGAAGCGCGCGACGCUGGCACCCCUCGCAGUCAGGAAAGCAAUCGCACAGAUCACACUGAUGCUGCCUUGGAGCUGAUCAACAAUGUCACAGGUGCUGAUGAGGAGGGCCGGUCUCGCCAACGAAUCCUUACAUAUGCUGCCCGGAGGUAUGCUAGUGCACUAGAGCGAAAUCCAGAAGAUUACGAUGCACUCUACAACUGGGCACUAGUUCUUCAGGAAAGUGCUGACAAUGUUGGUCCAGAUUCUGGUACACCUUCAAAAGAUGCUUUGCUUGAAGAGGCAUGUAAAAAGUAUGAGGAGGCAACUCGGCUUUGCCCUACACUAAAUGAUGCUUAUUAUAAUUGGGCUAUAGCCAUCUCAGAUAGAGCAAAAAUGCGGGGUCGUACAAAAGAAGCUGAAGAACUUUGGAAACAGGCAACUAAAAACUAUGAAAAAGCCGUUCAGCUCAAUUGGAACAGUCCUCAGGCACUCAACAACUGGGGACUGGCUCUGCAGGAACUUAGUGCAAUUGUCCCUGCUCGAGAAAAGCAAACAAUUGUUAAAACUGCAAUCAGUAAGUUCCGGGCUGCGAUUCAACUGCAGUUUGAUUUCCAUCGGGCAAUUUACAACCUAGGGACUGUUCUGUAUGGGUUAGCAGAGGACUUGUCAAGAACAGGGGGAGCCACAAAUUCUAAAGAUGUUUCCCCAAAUGAGUUGUACAGUCAGUCUGCAAUAUAUAUUGCUGCUGCACAUGCACUCAAACCAAAUUACUCGGUUUACACAAGUGCUCUGAAACUCGUCCGUUCAAUGCUGCCUCUACCGUAUCUGAAGGUUGGAUAUCUUUCUGCCCCACCUUCUGGAAAUCCACUUGCACCACAUAGUGAUUGGAAACGUUCUCAAUUUGUUCUGAACCAGGAAGGACUACACCAGAUUAGUAAAGUUGAGCAAAGACGAAGCCUCUCUUCAAAUUCUGGAGAUAGCACAAGUCCUAGUAGACAAGCAAUCAAAGUUGAUGUGCCGGAUAUUGUGUCUGUUUCUGCAUGUGCUGAUCUGACAUUACCGCCUGGGGCAGGCCUUUGCAUUAAUACAAUUCAUGGACCAGUCUACAUGAUUGCUGAUUCAUGGGAGUCCUUGGACUGGUGGCUUGAUGCUAUUCGCUUAACUUACACAAUUUAUGCACGGGGCAAGAGUGAUGUUUUGGCAGGUAUAAUAACUGGGUAAUUUUGUCUAGGUAACUCCAUGGGGAGGACUAGCCUGAAUUGAUGAAACACCGAUUGUCUGCUGCUCAUGUACACAUGUACAUUAUUUGCCCGUUGAUACGCAUUCCUAUUUCCCUCUAUGGAUGAAUGUAGUUUAUAGAAUUACACCUUGAGUUGAUGUCCAAAUGUUUUGACUUUUUCAAUACAUGAUUCUUGAACUGUGUUAUUGAUUUUUAAUUUUAUUUUAGAAUUUUCUCUA